AGGACUGCCUGUAUAUGGUUGGAGGCAGGGGAUCCCUGUAUAAAACUGUGCACGAUCAGAUUCUAGAUGAUUUGGACCUACUAACUUCUGUUGUGAACUUCUGAAUUUACCAAAUAUCCUUCAAACCUGACACUCUCUAGGACAUGCAGCAAAACUCUCCUCUUUUGGUGGGCAGAGAAGCCAUUCCACUAUCAGAAUGAAAAUGGGAACUGGUGGCCCCUUUUAUCCUAACUGCACCACAGCUUUUAUGAACUCCAUUAAGGACUUCGCUAUUACAUGAAAAGUGCUUUAGGACAGCAAGCUACAAGAUACUACCUUUAGUGUUAGACCCUUUGCUGUAACCUCCAGCUCUAUAAAAUCUAUGCUGCUUUUUCUGAAGUUCUUAGAUUGUGAAGAAUACAGCAAUACUAUUAAAGUAACUUAGCUGUACAUUGAUAAACACAACCUAUUUCAAGUGGCAAGAAUCUUGGAAUCAUGGCUGGAAAACCCAAACUUUACUACUUCAAUGGAAGAGGCAAAAUGGAGUCAAUUCGCUGGUUGUUGGCAGCCACUGGAGUUGAGUUUGAAGAAGAAUUACUUGAAACGAGAGAACAAUAUGAGAAGCUCUUACAAGACGGGGCCCUGAUGUUUCAACAGGUUCCCAUGGUGGAAAUCGAUGGGAUGAAGUUGGUGCAAACCAGAGCUAUUCUCAACUAUAUAGCAGCAACGCACAACCUCUAUGGGAGGGACCUGAAGGAGAGAGCCCUGAUUGACAUGUAUGUGGAAGGAACAACUGAUCUAAUGCAGUUAAUUAUAAUGUUCCCUUUCUUAUCAGCUGAGGAUAAGGAGAAGCAACACGCCCUAAUAGUCCAAAAAGCCACAAAUAGGUACUUUCCAGCCUAUGAAAAGGUUUUAAGAGACCAUGGCCAAGACUAUCUUGUUGGCAAACAGUUCAGCUGGGCAGAUGUUCAUCUAUUUGAAGCUAUUUUAAUGGUAGAAGAGAAGAAGUAUGAUGUUCUCUCUGAAUUCCCUCAGCUACAGAUGUUGAAAGCAAGAAUAAGCAACAUGCCCAGAAUAAAGAAAUUUCUGGAACCUGGAAGCCAAAGGAAACCUAUCCCUGAUGAUAAAUAUGUGGAGACUGUGAGGAGAGUUCUCCAAAUGUAUUAUAAUGUAAAACCAAGUGUGUAGCUGGUUCAGAAAGCAAUGAGAAGCUCAAUGCUAGCAAAUACUUUCUCUCAAACUCUGUAAGAGGGAAAUCUAUUGAACUACAGAGAUAGUUACACUGUCCUUGACUGAAUAGCUAGUUGAACUGUAUCUGAUAGCAUUGUAUGUAACAUGCAAGAAUUAGUCAAAACUCUCAAUUACUAACAGUUUACUGAAUGUAACCUUUGUUAAAUUUCUCUUGUUGUUCUGGAUGAAAUGAGCACAUGCAUGUAGAGUCCAUCAUCCCCCUCCUUCAUCCCAAGGAAACUUAGAACCUUUUCACCAGCCUGAAGAUGUUCUAUCAACAAACACCCAGGGUUUGCAAUGAAAUACAGAUAGAGGUCUCAAUUUUAAGCUUAAACUUAAUAUUUUGAGGGUGAAUUUAAUCAUGGGGAAAAAUGAGAAUAGUUCUAAGAGCCUGAAAGGCAAUCCUAGACCUUCCAACUUUUGUGGGACACCAGCAUAUCAGCUGAAAUGAUAUCAAGUCAGGAUAUUAGCAACACAUUUUCUCCCUCGUAAUAAAUCUUAGUUUAAGAUGUGUGAGCUAACAUUGCAUGAGUGUAUCUCUUAAUUUGUUUUCUGUGUAAUCAUUCAAUAAUUGGAAAGACAUUUUUCUAACCAAAAAAAAUUCUUUGAUUCUUAUGUGGUGGUAGUGUCUUGAAUUUGUUGAUCAAAGCUGUCUUGUAGCCCACACGUGGAGGCUGCCUUUCUCUUCAAACUGGAAACAGUUUUUGAAUUAAGUGAACAUAAGAGCUUAGGUAAUAAACUGUCUCUAACAGCUCUGGCAAAACAAAUUACACGUGUUUCCUAAAACAAGCCUACUAAGUCUAGGUUGAAACCAAAUCUAAUUCUGCUGCUGCUCUCCCACAAACAAGGCUUUAGAGUAGGAGCAGUAGCUAACGUGCAUGUCUUGCUCCAAAACGUGUGGUGUUUUCACUUGGGUUCUGCCAAAAAAAAAAAAAAAAAAGAAUCCAGAGAACAACUCCAAGUAUUGCUAUAAACUCUCAAGCCAGGUAAAAUAUACUUAUGCUUUGAAACACUGCUUUUUAUGUUGGUAUCAUGGGGUUCUAUAUUGGUAACUGUGUCUAAGUAUCCUCAGUUCACAAAUAAGCCUCCUUCCCACCUGCCUCUCCACCCCACAUUGUUCACCUUGUCUAACGGCUGUGGUUUAGGAAGAGAGAUGCUGCUGUGAAGAAGAGGUGUUUUUCCCCAGCAAUGAUACUGGCAGCAAGUACCCUUCCUGUACAGUGCUGGUCAGCAUUUAAAUAACCUGUACUCACUAACAUGACUGACAUGUUUUGACUUCAUCCUCAAGAGGAGGUGGUUUGGGCUCCUACCGUGGCUCACUGCUGCCAUCUAUCUAAUGCUGGUUGUAACUUCAGUUUGGGAGGGGUCUUUUUUUUCCUCUUCUUUUAAU